AUGCCCGAACUUCCCGAAGUUCACCGAGCAGAAAGAGCAUGCCACGAGUUUUUGGUUGGAAAGAAGAUCAUCGAUGUAGAAACUAAAGAAGAUUUGCUGGUGUUUUGUGAAAUGCCACACGAGAAAUUUGCUGAACUUUUGCUGAACAAGACCGUCACAGAGACAGGGAGACGCGGGAAAUAUUUCUAUUUCCUACUCGACGAGGGUCCACAUCCAGUAUUCCACUUUGGAAUGACGGGUGAUAUAAAGUUUAAAGGUCACCAAAGUUUCCAUUAUCGUCGCAAGAGACCUUCCUCUUCUAGUUGGCCUCCAUUAUACUACAAACUGAUUCUCACGUUUGCCUCGCCCGAACAACCCGAACAACCCGAUCAAAUGUCGUCGUCAUCUCCAUCUACUUCAUCGUCUUCCGUAAUCGUCGCUUUUACUGAUCCCCGUCGCCUUUCUCGGAUUCGCCUCGUUCCCUCUCCAGUACUGUCUCACCCACCUCUCUCUGAUCUCGGAUUCGACCCUCUCCAAGAUCUACCUUCAGUAGCUGCUUUUUCUGCUCAAGUAUCAAGUCGUAAAUGUCCUAUCAAAGCGCUUCUCUUGGAUCAAUCAUUCUCUGCUGGCGUGGGCAAUUGGGUUGCUGAUGAGGUGCUGUAUCAAGCGAGAGUCCAUCCGAACCAACGAGCGAAUACGUUGAACAAAGAACAAAAAAAGAUUAUACGAGAGAAACUGGUGUGGGUGUGUGAAAAAGCUGUCAAAGUUAAUGCAAACCCGGACGAAUUCCCCAAAGAUUGGCUUUUUCAUGUACGAUGGUCCAAGUCAAAGAAGAAAAAAGUAAAAAUGCCUGACGGAAACGAGGUUAUUUUCCUCACUGUCGGAGGGCGGACGACUGCUGUUGUGCCUGCGAUACAAAAAAUAAAGGGUGAUGUUGGUAGUUUUGUCGAGAAAAUUAAGGACGAUACUGAUGAUAACAGCGAAGUACAAGAAGAUGAAAUAGUUAUUGUUAAGGAGACGAAACAAAACAAACGAGUUGUCAAGAGGAAAAUUGUUAAAGGCGAUGAAUUUGGGACGGGAAAAAAGGUUAGUUUCGGCAAUUUGGAAAGUUGGCGGCUCUCUGGGUUGUUUUAA